CUGCACAUGAUUUCAUUCCCUUUGUCUUCCUUCCUCUCUCACUCAUCAAACCUUCUCAAUUCUCUCCCACCCAUUAAAUAUGUACACACACACACACAAAGUGAUCCCAGGCUCAAGAAUUAUGUAUAAUGGUUAUAUUUUCCUUUGUUUGAAUGAAGAGAAGAUUUUCGUGUGGAAGAAGUAAAAGCUGAUGGCGGACGGUUAUAUACGCAACUUUGUUAAAACCGCCAAACAACCCCCUCCCAUAAGUCCCUAUUUUUCUCUUCAUUUCGAUCCCUAAUCUUCCGUGAAAUUAUUUGAAUUCUCUCUGGUACACAAGCUGGAGAGAAAUGACUGAAAAUCGAAAGUUGGAACCAAUGGGCUCUGAUAAUCUGAGAGCAAACUGUGAAAUUUCUGAUCAUGUAAAUGGAUUGCAAUACACAGCCAUUAAAUCUGAUUCUUUUGUGUUAGAUAUGGAAUGCUUAGAGAAAGAUAUUAAUGCAAAUUCAAGAAUUAAAUUGCAGAGAAGUCUUUCAAGAAAAGGAACAUUUAGAGGAGUCGACAAGAAAAAUACAGCCAAAGAGAAAGACGUUAGUGUCAUUACAACUUCGCCAAGAGUUGCCUUACAUGGUGGUAGUACGCCGGAAAAGCCCCUAAUUGUAGCCAUGGGCGGCGACAAUAAUUCCAUCAACUCACCAGUUCACAAUCAGAUCACUAUCAUGAACGGCAGCAUGGGAAACACAGCCAUCGAAAGUAAAUUUGAGACUAAGAAUUACCGCCCCUGA